ACUCUCACUUUAGAUCAGAUGGAGAGAGAGUUACAGCAUGGACGGUCGAGAUGAGGCCAACGAGGCCGGUGAACCUUCGGUGGCGGGAACUUCCGGCGUGCUUGAGUCCGGUGACCGCCCCGGCGGAGGUUGCGAUGCGCUCGCAAAGGCGAUCUCUUCGACCUUGGGGUCGGUGAUUAAAGAGUUCGAUUCGAGAGCGGAGGGCGCGAUCCAGAGUCAGGACGAGCUCUCUCGAUCCAUUGAUCGCCUCACCGGAGAACUGGACAAAUUAUUGGAAGAUGCACCCCUGCCAUUCAUUAUGCAGCAUGCAAAGAAGAUCUCAUCUAUCCGCAGAAGAGUUUCAUCUUUAAACUUGAUCCUGAAGUCAAUACAGAAGCGAAUUGAUAACAUUGAUCGAAUACUUUCUAGAGGUGUAUCAUCAAAUGAGAAAAUACCUACAGAUAUCGUUUCAGUGUCGUCAUUCACUUUGUAGAGAAGAAAAUAGGUGAACCCGAUAUUGGUUAGAUAACUUCACAUUUUUGCCAAGGAUCUACUUCAUACGUUUGUCAUGGACGUGACGGGCCACAAAUCCCUCAACAAUGUAGAGACUUCAUACACCACAAUCAACAGAUACCCAACAGCAAGAGCAAUUCAUGCAGUCACCAGACUCCAGAUCUAUCCCUUCCCUGUAACCCUGCAGUGUGCAUUCAGUCCUAGUGUUGUUUUCCCAACGGCAGCUAAUCAAUGAGUUAAUUAUUAUUAGUCUUACCAGCAUGAAGAAAUCCAGCUAGAUGUCUGAUGAUUCCGACAUCUUGUGUUUCUCAAGCAUGCACCCCAUUCCACUACCUUGAGAGCACUACUCCACACCAAUGCUUGCACUCUUCUCAAGCCCUUGAGUAAAUACUACAUGCAUUUCCAUCCAUUCUCCUAUUUUUUAUAGUGUAAAUACUACAACUUCAUAAACCAAGCCAUGGCAAAGACAUACUUCUUCCUUUCUGAUUUUGAGCAACAAAUGCAUG